AUGUCGGCCCUACAGACUUUCCUGCUCGUGGUGGACCACGACAAAGAAGAAGCCAAGCGCAUUGCCGACUCCGUGGCCCAAGACCUCGAAAGCAAGAAGAUUACCCUAAUUGAGAUUGUUCAGCAACUUGGUGAAUACAUCAACGAUGAAGACCCAAUCCUGCGCGGAAAGGCGGUCUCUUUCCUCACCUCCGUUAUCAAGUCCCUCCCGCCCAAAUACCUAUCACGACAGCAGAUACAGGUCUUGACGACAUUCUUUUGCGAUCGGGUAGAGGAUGGGGGUGCAAUUGCUGGUCUGGAUACACUCCAGCGGUUAGACCGCUUCACUAAGGACUUGGCUAUCAAUACCGCGCAUGCGCUGUUCUCUAACUUCCAGGAUCUCCAAUCUCGAUCUCAGUCACAGCGAUUCCAGGUUUACCAACUGUUGAACGAAUUGAUGCUGAAGCACCGAAAGGCGCUUCGUGACAUGGAAGAAAUUUCACUUGUUGGUGUGGUAGACAUCAUGACCGGAGAGAAGGAUCCUCGCAAUCUGAUGGUCGUGUUCUCCAUCCUCAAGGUGGUCAUGAUGGAAUGGGACAUCUCCCACUACGUCGAGCUACUAUUCGACUCUGUCUAUAAUUACUUCCCUAUUACUUUCCGGCCUCCACCAAACGAUCCCUACGGAAUCACCGCGCAAGACCUGAAGGAUCGACUACAAGACUGCCUUUCUUCAACGAGUCAACUUGCCCCUCAUACCAUCCCGGCAUUGCUCGACAAGCUGGACUCUACGUCGCCUAACGUUAAGAAAGAUGCUCUCAACGCUCUUAUUGCUUGUGUGCACUCCUACAACCCCGAUACCGUGUCGCGGUAUUCCAUCACCAUAUGGGAGGUUUUGAAGUUUGAAAUCCUCAAUGCUCAAGAAGAGUUCUUGUCCGAGUCAUCUCUGGAAGCUCUCCACGGCAUUGGACAGCGACUUUCCGAGGGUGUUACAGAAAUCUCGCAAGAUCUGCCUCUCGCUCAAUACCUCCGCCCCAUCACCAAGGAGUGCAACGAGCAACUUCAGGAACCCCAACAAAAGCAGGCAAAGCCCGCUCAACAGAUCCUCAGUGCGCUCUCAUCAUCCUCGCCUGUCGCUUUCACACUUAUUGUGCAGACGGUCGUCGCUCCUAUCUUCACCAUCUACCAAGAAGCGGAUGGAAUCGUCAAGCAAAGGGCCCUUCUCGAAACAUUGUCGGUGUUGUUCGAGUCUGCCAUUAAGGUCUUUGGGCAAUGGACAACUCGAGGUGGUGAAGCGUCUAUCGAGAACCCGUUGCUGGAAUUCAAGGAUCAGUUCUCAGAUAUUUUCGGCCAGGCCUUGAUGGGUUCUGCAAAGGAAGAGGUUUCAUUCCGAGUAUCCGCACUGAAAGGAUUCCUAAGGCUCUCAACUUUGCGAGACUUUUUCCAGGACAACGAAGUUGGCUUGUUUGUCCAGUACUUGGACGAAAUUCUUUUGAAGGAAGAGUCAGUCGGCCGGGAUGACUUGAAAAAAGAAGCCAUUACAGCUCUUGCAGAAAUUUCCAAGUACAAGCCUCGUUUGAUUAUGGACAUCACAUUCCCUGCCUUUGUCGCCACUCUGCCUGAUGAGGACGAUGACACCAAUACGACAUACCUCUCAACCCUGGAUACAUUGGCCAAAAUCAGCGUUGAAAGGGAUAUCUUCGAGACUCUCUUCCGUCGGCUGUUUAGCAAGCUUUCGGUACUCCUCCAAAAGGAGCAGCCGGGAUCUGUGGCGUAUCCCCGGGCCAUUUUGAUGACACUUCUUUACGUGAUGGAUCAGAGGCAAAUGGAAUCUGAUCCAAAUCUUGAUUUGUAUUUUGAUAAAAUUGUCGUGGGUCUGUCUCGCAACGUUGCAGAGGCAGCAUCUGGGAGGGCGAAGAAUCAAAUCUUGGCUGAUCCUUCCAUUUUGGACACUCUCGGACGACUGUGCAAUCUUCUUGUGCGAUCCUCAUCAGCCCAAAAACAACAACAGGUCGCAGAAAACAACACAACCCCCGACCAUGAGCGAACUAUCAUUCUAUCAACCUACCUCCUUGCAGGCUUGUCCAAAGACUGCAGUAAUAGCCUCCCAUAUACCUUGCCCAAUAUGUCCGAUCUGCUUUCGGAUUUGGUGCGCCGCUCACUCUCCGAAAGCACAGAGCCAGCCACUAGUCUCUCGUUCCUGCGGCACCUGGCAUUACUCACCAACAAGUUCCUUUCAAAGCAGGACUUGAAUAUCGCCGAAAAGCUCUUCGACACAUUGGUUUCUCAGGAUCCCCAAUCUCUCAGUCCGGCCGCCAUCCGUACUAUUUUCUGGCUCGCCAAGUCACUCGUCCUUCGCAUUGCGCCAACUACCACUCAUAUUCUGACCUCACUCCUGGGACUCCUUUCGUUGCCAAAUCAGCAAACCAGCCUCUCUGCCGCACGCGGCUUUGCCAUUCUACUCGGUGAUGACGAUGUGCUUUCUGUAGUGAACGGAGCCCAAGUUCGCCUGUUGGCCAAACAGCGUGUUUUCACCACAGUCAUUCCGUUGAUUUCGUCUCGUAUCCGUGAUGUCAAUGUUGCCGGUAACGAUGAUGCCUCUCAGGCUACCAAAACAUCUGACCACAUCAAGCCCGCUCAUUUGACUGCUCUUGCUGGCAUCCUGUCUACCAUCUCCACAGCUCUGACUGCCGACUCGGUUGCCGUCCGUGCGGCAACUCUGGAUACCCUCGCUGUGAUCAUUCGUGACAAUGGCGUUGCGGUUAUUGAUCAAUGCGGACACGUUCACAGCCUCGUCAUGAGACUCCUGAAAACGACGGAGAUCAAGACGGUAUCUGGAGCGGUCAACACCCCUCGUCUUCGCGUGGAUGCUCUCAAAUGUCUGUACCUGCUCGCCACGAAGCAAAUAGUUUCCGAGGCUGCGCCCAACGCUCGUGCUCCGGCAUCUAUCUCCCCACUUCUUUCCGAAAAGACCCAUGUUCUGCGAUCUUUGCGCUUUGUCUUGGAUGACCCUAAGCGUGACGUCCGUAAGGCGGCCGUCGACGCUUCAAGUGCUUGGCUCCGUGGAGUGGAUGAUGCGCCAGAGGAUGAGGAUUAA